GUAUUCCUUUCUUUUCAUAAAAGACAAAAGACGAAAAAACCAAAAAUCAUCAGCGACCGGACCGCCAUUGUAGUUCAACGAACCAACUGAAGUAUUAAAGAUCACCGACAGUGUCGGUGUCGCCGAUUAUGGCGGCGGCAAAGCCCAAAGGCUCCCGAUGGAGCUCCGAGAAAACGAACGCGAGGGUCUGGCUCUACUCGGCCCUGCUCACCCUGCAAUAUGGAGCUCAGCCUUUGAUCUCCAAGCGCUUCAUCGGAAAAGAAGUUAUUGUGACGUCAUCUGUUUUGAUGUGCGAGAUAGCAAAGGUAAUAUGUGCCCUAAUUGUCAUGGCAAAAGAUGGCGGUUUAGAGAAAGUAUACAAUGAGUGGACUUUGGUUGGUGCGUUGACUGCAUCAGGACUUCCUGCUGCAAUCUAUGCGCUGCAAAAUAGUCUACUGCAGAUUUCUUACAAGAAUCUUGAUUCACUCACUUUCUCAAUACUGAACCAGACAAAAAUAAUUUUCACUGCUUUGUUUACAUACUUGAUUUUGAGGCAGAAGCAAUCAAUUCAACAGAUUGGGGCCCUAUUCUUGUUGAUAGUUGCAGCUGUUCUUCUAAGCAUAGGUGAAGGCUCUAGAAAAGGAUCUAGAAGUGGUAGCUCUGAUCAAAUAUUAUUUUAUGGAAUCAUUCCUGUAUUGGUUGCUUCUUUACUCUCAGGACUGGCUUCUGCUUUAUGUCAAUGGGCUUCUCAGGUUAAGAAACACUCAUCGUACUUGAUGACUGUAGAAAUGUCUUUUGUUGGAAGCCUGUGCUUGUUGAUUAGUACCACUAAGUCUCCAGAUGGAGAUGCUAUCAGACGGCACGGAUUCUUAUAUGGUUGGACUCCUCUCACGUUGAUACCAGUUCUAUCCAAUGCCUUCGGUGGAAUUCUUGUUGGGCUAGUUACAAGCCAUGCCGGAGGUGUUAGAAAGGGGUUUGUCAUUGUUUCUGCACUUGUUGCCACGGCUUUGCUGCAGUUCGUUUUUGAAGGGAAACCGCCUUCAUUUUUCUGUCUUGUGGCUCUGCCACUGGUACUUUGUAGCAUUUCAAUAUACCAGAAAUACCCGUACCAAGUUAAAAAGAAGGAAUCAUAAAUUGUCACCAUGUUACCACGAGGGAAGCUGUUUGAUUAGCCCCUCGGCUCAGCAAUUGAUAGGGUUUUUCUUUUGCCCAUUAAAGUGGUUUAGUCAGGUACAUUUAUUUUUCCUUUUUGAGAGAGUCAGGUACACUUAAUGAAGGGAAUUGAGAAGGCUUUCUAUGAUGCUUUCAUCAAAUCCGCAAGGAUUUUGCUA